AUGGAAUAUUCAAACCAAACCUCUGUGAACAGAUUUAUUCUUCUCAGCCUCUCAAACGUUCGACGUUUUCAGUUAUUUUUCUUUGGUCUGUUGCUGUUAUUGUAUAUAAUCACACUGACUGUAAAUGUUAUGCUCAUUGCCUUAGUAAAAAUUGACAUACGGCUACAAACACCCAUGUUCUUUUUUCUCAGCAACCUUUCCUUUAUAGAUAUAUUUUUUUCUUCAACCACAGUACCUAAGAUUCUAGAAAACACCUUAUCCCACGACAGAAGCAUUUCUUUCCUUGGAUGUGCAAUUCAGAUGUUCUUUCAUUUAGCCUUUGGUUCAACAGAGUGCAUCAUUUUGGCUGUCAUGGCUUAUGAUAGGUAUGCAGCUAUUUGUAGACCUUUGAAUUACAACACCAUCAUGGACCAAAAGUUCUGCAAUUAUUUGUCUGCUGGAUCAUGGAUUCUAAGCUUUCUUAACUCUGCUCUCCACGCAUUCUUUACCUUCCAACUUCCAUUCUGCAAAUCUAACUUUGUAAAUCAUUUCUUCUGUGAGAUGCCUCCUCUCUUCCUUCUCUCAUGCAGCGAUACUUGGUUCAAUGAAAUACUAAUAUUUGUUUCGAGUGGGAUAAUAGCCCUAUGUGCAUUCUUGCUGACACUCCUGUCCUAUGUAAAUAUCAUUGCCACUAUCCUGAAGAUUCACACUAAUGAAGGAAAGUACAAAGCAUUCUCCACAUGUACCUCCCAUCUGACAGUAGUAUCUCUUUACUAUGGCACUAUCAUCUUCAUGUAUAUGCGUCCCCCCUCUAGGUACUUUCUUGAUCGGGACAGAGCAGUAUCCUUUCUUUAUACAGUUGUAACACCUAUGCUGAAUCCUAUUAUUUACAGUAUUAGGAAUAAAGAUAUCAAAGGUUCUCUGAAAGGAAAACUGAAAUUGAAAAUCUAA